AAGUGAGCUGACCAUUGCAAGAUAUAUAAGCUUGGUGAAAGGGGCUCCGAUUAUCAUUUUCACCUCUGCUACUCCAAGGAAGCCAUCAACAAUGAAACUCCACGCAACAGACAUCUUGGUCAUUUUCUGUCUCGGCCUCUUUACUGUGAGCACCGUGAGAGGAAGUGCUGCAAGUCAAAUUGCGCCCAGAAGCUCCUGUGUAGACCUGUCCACACAGCAGCUGGACAUCAGACGACUUGUUAAAUAUGAGACCCAGAACAUACCAGUAAAAGCUGUGAUGUUCAUCACCAAACGAGGCAUCAAGAUCUGCGUGCAACCUGAUCUUAAAUGGGUGCAGGAUGCCAUAAAAUUCCUGGAUAAAGGACCUGGCCCCAGAAGACCCAACAACAAGCCCAAACCCAAACCCAAACCCAAGGCCAAGGCCAAGCCCAAACCCAAAGGCAAUUAACUAAAUGGAUGCACCAGCCCAACCCUCAUCAACUGCUUGUAACUUCUUCUAGGUGUUAAUUGGAAAUAAAAUCUCUGAACUAACAUGGGCACAUCGGAAUCCAUUCAUCAUUAGGGCAGAGCUGACUGAGAAUCAUUCCAUUUUAUAGCUGGGCUUUUCCACACUGUUUGCAGAUUUAUUUUCUGAAAUGUUCAUUAAUUAUUUAUUAUUGUGUGUAGGCAUCCCCCCCUUCACCCGGAUGAACUUUUAUACAGUAAGGACAAGGAUGUAGGUGAAACUACUUCAUAGAGGAGUUGAUCAACCUGUGGAACUCACAGGUGAAGGAGGUCAGGGGCUGGACUUUAAAAUGGGUUUGGAUAAUUUUAUGAUAAUUAAUAACUAUAUAAGCUAUAAGUAAACAACCCUCAUGCUCCAGGGCAUCAUCUGAUAACUGCAAAAUUCAGGAGAGAAUUAGCUAGAUGUAUUGGGUCUGAUUCUCCUCCCACUUUGCAACAAUGCAAAUUCACUGGGGACAGGUCCUCUCCCAGUAUAAGUGAUGAUCAGUCUAGAGAGUGUAACCUGAUGCAGAUUUACACCAGUGGAGGAUCUAGCCUACUGACUUCUGUGAAGUUACUCUUUAUUUACACUGGUAUGAGAUAAAUCUGAAACAGUUGCUUUAUUUUAUUCCUUUGCAUUGCUCUGAAGCAUCAUGUGUAAGCCAAGGCUGGAGGCAGGCGACUGUGCUUGAUGCCAAUCCUAUGUACCAAUCUCUUAUUCUCCAACUAGUGGAGAGCCCUGUCCAAGGGGCUCAAGAAUAUUCAGUGUAAAUGUAAAUUACAUUUUAGAAAUUAAUGGAUUCUAAUAACUGUGGUGUCUUUGUUUUUUUUGUAAAUUAAUAAAAUUCUUGCAACUC